AUAGCUGAUAUCGCCAUCACUACCAGGUGCACGCUUUGGGGCUUCUGCAAAUUCAAAACAAACCAGAGAUGGAGCAAACAAGGCCUUUCUACGACUUCAGCAUCCCCUUCAACAAGGACGACUCGGUGAUGAGGGCCCUGCUCAAAGAGCUGGUGGAGUUGGGCUACAAAACCAUAGCCAUCGACCAGAGUUUCGACCACAGCAAGAAGGACGCCGGCAAACGGGGAUCCGAGAUGUUUCCCGAGCCCCACAAGAUCGAGCACCUGCGCAGGGAGUUCCAGGACAAGCUGCGCAUUCUGCAAAGGAUCACGAUUCUCUAUGUGGACGUUAACGUGGCGCAUGCCAUGAGUGUCUCCCUGAACCUGCGAAAGUUCAACCUUGUGGCUGGCCAACCCAAAACUGACGCCGCCUUGACUCACUGCUGCACCGCCUUCAACGGGGACCUGAUCACCUUCGACCCUGUGGCUGGAUCCCGGCUGUUGGUCAACCGAAAGGCCUACCAGGUGGCUGUGCGUCGCGGCAUGUUCUUCGAGAUCAAGUACGCGCCUGCGAUAGUCGACUCGAAUAACAGGAAGGACAUGAUUAAGCUCGCCCAGAACUACUGCACCAAAGGAAAGUCCAAGAACAUCAUCUUCAGCAGCGGAGCGGCUCACGAGUUCCAGCUGAGAGGCCCCUACGAUGUGGCCAACCUGGCCUUCAUUUUCGGAUUGUCGGAGGACCAAGGGAAGAACGCCGUGGACCGGCAUUGCCGGCAGCUCUUCCUGAAGGCUGAGUCCCGUCGCCUGGGCAAGACCAUCAUGUUUGUCAAGGGCAACGGACCCGUUGCGUUCUCGGACAGCUCGGAGGAUGAAAAAAGCGAGGGGGACGAUGAAAUGGAGAGUCUAAAGGCGGAGGAGGAUGAUGCUGAAGUUGAGGAUGAAAAAAGGCCAGCCAAUAAAAGACUGAAAGUGGCGUAGCACCAAAUGUUAAUG